UCCUAUUUAGUUAUAGUAGAUGUAUAUCGCUUCUCUGGAGUGUGUACCACUAGUUGAUUUCUAUAAUAGCGUCCAUUUGUGAUCAUUCCAUAGAUCAACUCGAGUGCCUCAACAAAUAUGGAUGCACGCUCUGCCUCUCUACUCCUACUAAAUUUGGUUCAUCUGUUUUUGCGCAUCUCAGCUCGUGAAUUCCUCUUGCCAGGCUCCUCUCUCUCCAUAGAGGAUAGCUCCCAUAUGCUCCAUUCACCAGAUAGCACUUUCACCUGUGGCUUCAAAAACAUUUCCCGAAAUGCCUCCGUCUUCUCUAUUUGGUUCUCCAACACAGUUGACAAGACUGUCGUCUGGAGCGCAAAUCAUCUCCAUCCUGUGUACUCCUGGGGAUCCCGAGUCAUGCUGUAUGCGGAUGGCGGAAUGGUUCUAGAGGAUUACAAUGGACAGUCCGUGUGGGAAAACAAUAUCAACUCUUCAUCAAAAGCUAUAAAAGCUCAGUUAUUGGACACUGGGAACCUCAUCGUGAAGGGCCAAGGUGAUAUUAUUCUAUGGCAAAGCUUUCAUUCUCCUACUGAUACAUUGCUGCCCUAUCAGAACAUUACUAGUGCUACCAAGUUGGUAUCUACUAGUAGGUUACUUGUUCCUGGGCGCUACAGCUUUCAUUUUGAUGAUCAACAUCUACUCACAUUGUUUGACGAUGAGAAGGAUAUCUCUUUUAUCUACUGGCCAAAUCCUAAUAGUGACAUAUGGACAAAGCAAAGAAACUCGUUUAAUACCACCACAAUUGGGGUCCUUGAUAGUUGGGGGCAUUUCCUUGGAAGUGACAAUUUAAAUUUUAAGGCUAGUGAUUGGUGCAUUAGGAUUAUGAGGAGGCUAACCUUGGAUUAUGAUGGCAACCUUAGAUUAUAUAGUCUAAAUAAGACAGAUGGAACAUGGUUGGUCACAUGGAUGGCACUUCCUCAGACCUGCUCUAUACGUAGUCUAUGUGGUAUGAAUGGAAUAUGUGUGUAUACACCUAGGCCUUCUUGUGCAUGUGCUCCUGGACAUGAGAUCAUCGACCCAAAUGAUAGGAGCCAAGGUUGCAAGCCGAAAUUCAAUCCUAGUUGUGAUGGGCAGGAGAUGUUUGUGAAGCUACCAAACACUGACUUCCGAGGUAAUGACCAAAGUAAGAAUACCUCUGUUUCAUUUCAUACUUGCAAGAAGAUAUGCUUGAACGAUUGCAGUUGCAAAGGUUUUCUAUACUGGCAAGCAAGUGGAGGUUGCUAUCCAAAGUCGUCCCUUUUGGGUGGUGAAAUGAGGCCGGGUUUGGGCCGUUCUAUCUAUAUCAAGCUUCCUAAGACAUUACAGGUCUCAAAGUCCUCAAUUCCUCAAUCUCAACCUUUUGAUCCUAGAUAUGCUCCUAAUUGUAGUGCAAAGACCGAAUAUUUCACUCCCGAUUUUCUGGAUCAACCCAAAGAUAGUCAUAGUGGAUUAAACUUGCAGUACUUGUACUUGUUGUAUGGAUUCUUAUUAGCAAUAUUUUUUGUGGAGGUGAUAUUUGUGGCACUAGGGUGCUGGUUUGUGUUGAGAAGGGAGGGCAAGCACUUACCAGGAGUAUGGCCAGUUGAGAUUGGCUACGAAAUGAUAACCAACCAUUUUCGCGGAUACACUUACAAGGAGUUGCAGAGAGCGACUCAAAAUUUUAAGGAUCAAAUUGGAUGUGGGGCAUCUGGUCAUGUAUACAAGGGGGUCUUGAAGGACAAGAGGGUAGUGGCGGUGAAAAGGUUGGCAGACAUAAACCAAGGCGGGGAAGAGUUCCAACAUGAACUGAGUGUGAUUGGGAAGAUUUACCAUAUGAAUCUGGUGAGGGUAUGGGGGUUUUGUUCUGAUGGCCCACACAGGAUACUGGUUCUAGAGUACGUUGAGAAUGGUUCAUUGGAUAAAACUUUGUUUAGUAGCACAAGGUUAAUUGAAUGGAAUGAAAGGUUUAAUAUUGCUAUAGGGGUGGCAAAAGGAUUGGCGUAUCUUCAUCAUGAAUGCUUGGAGUGGGUUAUCCAUUGUGACCUGAAGCCUGAAAAUAUAUUGUUGGAUGACAACUUGAACCCGAAGAUCAGUGACUUUGGCCUUGCUAAACUUGUGAGUAGAGGUGGAUCCAAUAAAAAUGUGUCGAGGAUCCAUGGAACAAGAGGUUACAUAGCUCCUGAGUGGGUCUCUAGCCAACCAAUAACAGCAAAGGUUGAUGUCUACAGCUUCGGAGUGGUUGUCUUGGAACUACUGAAGGGGGCUCGUGUUUCAGACUGGGCAUCAAAUGCUGACGAGGAAGUGGAAACGGUCUUUGGAUGGGUCAUUAGGAUGCUUGCAGAAAAUCUAAUGAUGGAGGGUGGCCAACAGUUAUGGAUAUCUGACUUCGUUGAUUCGAGAUUGAAUGGCCAGUUCAAUGAGUUGCAGGCAAGAACUAUGGUCAAGUUGGCCGUUUCUUGCGUAGAAGAAGAUACCAGAAAAAGGCCCACCAUGGAAAAUGUUGUGCAGAUGCUUCUUUCGGUUGUUGAUGCAUAAUGCAACAACAUGCUACCCCGCAAAAAAGGAGUUUGAAGUUUUGUAUACUAUGCAACAUGUCAUGUAAUGCUUAUUAUAGUUGUAUCCACAACAAGGUAUCUAUGAUGUGUAUCCUGUUUGAGUAAGCACGUCAUGUAUCUAUAUUAGUAUAUAAGUUCCCUUUUGUUUAUGGUUUGAAAUUCUUCACCAAGUCGAUUUGUAAGUCAGUUAUGUAUAUUGUAAUGAAAAGCCACCAGAAAAGCUGCAGAUAGCAGCGCCAAAUCGAUCCA